UUGUGUACUCAACAAUACCUAGAGAGAGCAAGGCAUCUGAGAGGCUCCACUUUUUUCACGGAUCUCUCACUGUCUCAGUGGCGAAGCCCUAUGUUUUUUUCUAUAUCGCAUAUUUUCUGACGUGAUUCUCGAGUCGCAUUCGAAGCUGUGAAACAGGGUGAAAUCGCCAAGAAGAGUGUAAUUAUUUAAGAGAGGCUCUUUGCCAUUUUGGGGGUGAAUCUCUUUCGCCUGUCGAGUGAUACUGCGAAGUAGAUAGGGGGCGUUUUCGUAUUUUAUAUUCGGGGAGACCUCUAAAACAUUACUAAAACAAGUAUUACUAUUUCGAUAUAUUCAAAAAUAACCACAACCAAGAAAAACAAACCAAUGAAUUUAGGUUUUAAACGCGAAAAACAAAGAUUUUUACCAAUUUCGCAUAGACAAUGUCACUACCCCGAGAAUGGAGCGUACAAGACUCGAGGGAGUCGAUAUAUCGAUCCAUUGCACAGCAGCAGUCGUGGAAUUUUCCCGAGAUCGAUCGCAUGCCAUCGAAGAAGGAUGCCUUCAAUUUCAACUGCGACGGAGACUUCAAGCAUGUGCAACAGUCCGUCAAUUCGCCCCUGCUCCUGGGCGAAUGCAAUGGAUCGCUCUUCUCCAUCCACUCCGCGCCGCCCGUCGCCCAGGGCGGCACCGACUCCCCCCGGCGCCCCGUCUCCCUCGCCAUCGACCCUCAGUGUCUCCCGGCCGUCGCGCUGCCCGCCAGCGAGCCCGACGAGGAGGACAACGAGAACUUGUUGACCGUGUCCAGCCUCACGGCAAGGCCGCUAAUUGCGAAAUCGCGGGAGUUGAGGAGUUUCAGUAAAUUAACCGAGUACCGAAAGAAGGAGCGUCUCCUGGAAAAUCGUACGGACGUUCACAACUGCACAUCAUGGCUGAUUGUGUUCGGCGCUUUCUCGGUUCAGUUUUGGGUAGCUGGCUUAGUGAAGUCCUACGGAGUGCUGCACGUGGAGGUGAUGGAGACUUUUCCCAAGUCCUCCGCAGCUCUAGCUUCCUGGAUUCCAGCCAUCCUCUCGGCGCUAUGCCUUCUCCUGGCUCCGAUCUCGAGUGCUCUAUGCCAACGCUUCUCGUGCCGAACGGUCGUCUUCGUGGGCGGCGUCUUCUGCGCUCUAGGUCUCACUUGCAGCUACUUCGCCACCAAUCUGAUCCACCUCUUCUUCACCUUCGGCGUCCUCACGGGCAUCGGUGGUGGACUCUCCACAACUCCUGGCAUAAUCAUCGUGUCGCAGUACUUCGAUGAGCACCGCGCCCUCGUGAAUGGGAUCGUGGUGUCCGGAACUGCGGCCGGGAGCUUCGUUUUCCCGAUGCUCAUUGAGCGUCUGGUGCACGCUUUUGGAUUCCACGGUACGAUUCUCAUCCUGGGCGGAUGCAUGCUUCACGUGUGCGCCUCCGCCAGUCUCUAUCGACCAUCUGACGCUGCCACUGAGGCCGAAAUCUGCUCUACCAUCUCGUCUCACCACACAACAUCGCGCCUCAAUACCGCUUCGACCACUCUGAGCUCAUCUGAGGAUCCUCUUAAUGCGAAGAAGCACAUCAACCAUCUCUUCGUCGAAGACGCCAAGAACCAGAUCAAUGACCUCUACAACUCAAACAAGUUCAUUAGCAUCACGGAGAAAAAUCUACAGGAAAACAGUGAUGAUGAGUGCAAGGACGUCGUUGGCGAGACCAUCUUCAUGAAGCCCAUCAAGUCAAUGCGAAGCUCGAGCAUUCUCCAUUCAGUUGAGGAUCUCAGUACGGAUUCCACAUGCGUCUACAAGAGCAGAACAGGGUUCGACUCCAACCGUGGAAGCCGACGAAGGAAUAAAAAUGCAGGCAGUACUGAUGAAAUUUUAGCGAAAAUCCCACCAGUGGACAAUAAUUUAUCCAUUCCGAUGACCACAAACCGAGGACUGAGUAAAAGCAUGAUUAUCCCGACGCCCGUGAGUGAUUUCUCCGAGUAUGGCGCGAGUCCCAAGAAAGCACGUCGAAAUUCGUGUGUGAUGUGGAUUGAGAAGUAUUUGGAUGUGUCGCUGCUGAAGGAGCCAGUCUUCAUCCUUAUGUGUCUGUCCGUCACGUUGAUGUCCACUGGGAGUCCCUAUAUGUUGUACUAUUUGCCAGCGUACGUCCUCUCUGCCGGCUACACGAAGACCGAGGCCGGAUACUUGGUGGCGGUGAGCGCGGCCCUGGAUUUGCUGGGACGACUUGGAUUUGGGUGGCUUUCCGAUUUGCAGAUUUUCGAUAGGAAGAAAGCCUAUAUCACUUGUAUUUUCGGGGCCGGGUUGGCGGUCCUCAUAAUCCCCCUGGCGAACUCCUGGUAUGUGUUGAGUUGUGCGGCUGGAGCCUAUGGUUUCUGUCUCGGCAGUUGGUAUCUGUUAAUGCCGGUGCUGUUGGCUGAUAUAUUCGGGACGGAUCGGAUCAGUUCUAGCUAUGGCCUCGUAAGGAUGUUCCAGGGUGUCGGCGCCAUUUCCAUUCCCCCGUUGGCUGGCUUCCUGAGAGAUUUGUCUGGUGGCUAUGAGAUUUGCUUCUUCUGCAUGGGAGCCUGUAUGAUGCUGGGUAGUUUGCCUAUCUUGAUUGUCUCACUCAUGGAGUCGUCGUCCAACGCCUCGGACACCGAAGGAUCAACAGUGUCAUAAACGCCAUCGUUUACACUGCUCUCUUCACAUUCCGCGUGGAUGAAGUACUAAAUAUCUUUUCAGGUGCGACACUCACAACUACACCCAAAAAGUAUUUGAAAACAUAGAGAGAAAAUAUCAUGAAAAUAAGCAAAAACAUAUUUUGUGCAUUCAAGAAAAUUAGUAAUUAAUAAUCUGUAGUUAAUUUAUCAAUUUUGUCACUUAAAUUUCACGUUUCUUGAUAAGUAUUUAUUUUUUAGUUUAGUUUACAGUAUAAACAAAAUGAAAAGAGCAAUUUUCAAUUUGCAGCAUUAUGAACAAGAAGAAAUUUUUGGAAAACUCAUAUGUUCAUUUCUGUCUUAUUAUACGAAUUGUUUCAUAUAGCUGCGUGAAAAAUUAGUAUUCUUAGCAGGUAAUUAAAAUUGAAAAAAGAAAAUUAAAUCUACAUUGAGAAUGUCAGUAUUGGAAAUGUAAUGCCAAAUCGUGGAAUAAUAAUUACAAUUACACAUCGUAAUUGUACAUGAUUUUAAUUACAAAAAUUAUAGAAAUACGAGAAAUACAGAUUUUAUGAGUGUUUUAUAUUUUAAUUUCAGGUAAACGAUGUAUUCAUUUAAAAUGAAUAUUGAAUAUCUGUUGGUUGAAAUUAAUAUUUAGCCAAUCUUGUAUUAAUGAUGGAAACAAAAUGAACCAUUAUAAA